AUGGGAGACGUUGCCGUGGAGAGCCCGGCGAACGUCACGCCUCUGCCCAGGCCCGGUGCCCUGGAUAACCUCUCGAACAUAGAAUCGCUCGAGGGCACAGGGGCGGAAGCCAAUGAUGAAUAUGCCACGCUCAAGAGGCUACAGAGACACUUGGAAAGCUUGAAGAGGGAGCUCGUACGGGCACAAGAGGAGAUCAAGCGGAUACAGAGUGUGCCACUGGUCAUCGGACAGUUUAUGGAAGCCAUCGAUCAGAACACUGGCAUCGUCCAGAGUUCGACCGGCUCUAAUUACGUCGUCCGCAUCCUGUCCACGCUCGACCGCGAGAAGCUAAAGCCUUCAUCCUCCGUCGCCCUCCACCGCCACUCGAAUGCGCUGGUUGACAUCCUCCCCCCGGAGGCCGACUCAUCAAUUGCCAUGCUGGGCGAGAGCGAAAAGCCGGAUGUGACGUACGCCGAUGUUGGUGGGUUGGACAUGCAGAAGCAGGAGAUUCGGGAGGCUGUCGAGUUGCCUUUGACGCAUUUCGACCUCUAUAGACAGAUUGGUAUUGACCCGCCUCGCGGUGUCCUUCUGUACGGACCCCCUGGUACGGGUAAGACCAUGUUGGUCAAGGCCGUGGCCAACAGCACGACUGCCAGCUUCAUCCGUGUCAACGGCUCCGAGUUUGUGCAGAAGUAUCUGGGCGAAGGACCUCGGAUGGUCCGCGAUGUAUUCCGGAUGGCCCGUGAGAACUCGCCGGCCAUUAUCUUCAUCGACGAGAUUGAUGCGAUCGCGACCAAGCGUUUUGAUGCGCAGACCGGUGCGGAUCGUGAAGUGCAGCGUAUCCUGCUGGAGCUGCUGAACCAGAUGGACGGGUUCGAGCAGACCAGCAACGUCAAGGUCAUCAUGGCCACCAACCGAGCUGACACGCUGGACCCGGCACUGCUGCGUCCCGGUCGUCUGGACCGAAAGAUCGAGUUCCCCUCGCUGCGCGACCGCCGCGAGCGCCGCCUGAUCUUCACGACCAUCGCAUCCAAGAUGUCGCUGUCGCCCGAGGUGGACCUGGACUCGCUGAUUGUGCGCAACGAGCCCCUGUCCGGUGCGGUGAUUGCCGCGAUCAUGCAGGAGGCUGGGCUGCGGGCCGUGCGGAAGAAUCGCUACAACAUCAUCCAGUCGGACCUGGAGGACGCUUAUCAGGCCCAGGUGAAGAGCGGCCAGGACGACGAGCGGCCGGACUUCUACCGGUAG